GGCCUAUUUAAAUCUCUCUUAUCACAUUCUCAAUUUCUUUAUAUUUGAAGUGUAUUCAAAACCCCAAAACACUUUUCUCAUUCUCUUCUCUAUUUUCUUCUUGCUCUCUAGUUUUUCUUUCUUCUUGGUCGUUUCCUUUCAGCAUAAAAACCUUAUAAAAUCAUAAAAGCUUACACCUACUUGCCACAUAGACAUAGCCGAUCUCAUUAUAUCUCUAUUUCUAUUUCUCAAUAGAACUUGUUUGAGCUAGUGUGAGAGAAGUAAAGAAAGAGAGAAGAAUCCACAACUUAGUUAGGGUCUUUUCUUGCCACAUUGUUGAACAUGUCGAACAGAAGAUCAAGGCAAUCUUCAAGUGCUCCAAGGAUCUCCGAUAAUCAAAUGAUUGACCUCGUAUCUAAGCUCCGUCAAAUUUUGCCGGAGAUUGGUCAACGACGUCGUUCUGAUAAGGCAUCAGCCUCGAAAGUAUUGCAAGAGACAUGCAAUUACAUACGAAAUUUGAACAGAGAAGUUGACAAUCUGAGCGAGCGUUUGUCUCAGCUUCUCGAAUCUGUCGAUGAAGAUAGCCCUGAAGCCGCCGUUAUUAGAAGCCUACUCAUGUAAUCUUUUUUGUUCUUUUGUUUGUUUUUGACAAGCCUAUCCAUGUAAUCUUAAAUGAUCGCUCUAUAAUAAUUAUAUUUUUAACAUAAUCGUCUUAUUAUGUAAAAUUCAAAGAGAUGGGCUUGAUCUUUAAUGACAUACGAAUUUCAUAGGGUUAAUUCCAUAGUCAAAAGUCUCCGACAUAUAUGUGUGUAGCAGAACUGCACGAGCAUUGCCUUAGCAGGUGCAUUAUUAAAAUAAACCAGUGGGAUGAAAUUUG